GAAAUUACAGAUAACAAUGUGCAUAAUUAUGAUAGACGGAAUGGGACAUGCAUAUAAUGAAUCCGUUUUUGUAAGCUUAGUAACGUUAGUUGUUUAAAUAAUCAGUAUGCGAUUGCAAGAUAUCGAAGGAGCUGGACCACGUGCCAGCAACUUGCAGCAGCUACUGGGUUCAAGCGUUAAAAUUACCUCUUAAUUUGAUAAACGGGUUUCCCAUACUGUUAGACGACGUUAGUGAAAUUAAUUCCGUCAGAACAGAGCAGUUUACUUGUUCAUAUUUUUUUAGUGCUUUUUCUAUACAGGCAUUAUUCAUAGGACAGAGAUGCAACAUUGUGUCUUCUCGUAUCCUUUUCUGUUUACUGUUUAUUUCUUCAAAUUCAUAUUACUAACAUUUCCUUGUCACAUAGUGAAAUGUAAUUGGUGAAGUAUCUAUAUAAUGUUACCAGCUCUUGAAGCCCUGAAUCAAGGCCUACAGCUUGCUGUGUAGCUGUUGGUUUCAAACAGUGGCUAAUAUCAAAGUCUUCCAUUGGUCUGUUGCCUUGCCCAGAAAUAUUUCAUGGGUUAAGCAGAUUUAGUAUAAGGGACACUUAAAACUCAGCACUCCCUAGAAGUUUGGAUUUCUUUUGAAAUAAACAUUCUAUAACUGUGUUCUCAACUAUACCAAUAUUGUUCUUAUAACAUGCAAAACAUAUUAUGCCUUAACCUUUCACAAUAGACAUUUAUCAAGAUCGUAGCCAAGAUUUAUUCAAGAUGUGCCCAGGUCUUAAGGAUGUUCCAUGUGAUCGCCCUGUGCACAUGGGACAUAAAAUUGAGAAGGAUGUACAAGGCAUGACAGCACUAUGUAAAAUCGAUGAACAGGAUUCGGAUCCACGUGUUGCCGUCCAGCAGGGGAAGGGUGACCCAGGCUGUUCGAACCCAGGAGCCUCAAACCUGCUCCUACACCCAGAGACCCUGUUCACAUCCUCGACUGGAGGGCUUUGAGUUCUGCAUCAAGCACAUACUUGAGGAUAAGAAUGCCCCGUACAAGCAGUGCAGUUAUGUGUCCAAUAAAAAUGGCAAGCGCUGCCCCAAUGCAGCCCUAAAACCAGACAAAAAAGAUGGGGUUACGUUUUGUGCUGAGCACGCACGUAGAAAUGCGUUGGUUCAGCAAGCUCAGAUGCGUAAGGUGUCCUCGGGACCUUCCCCUGAAGUUCUGUUGUCUCAGCUCAGUGGCUACAGUCGGCCAGAUUCUGGUGCAGAGGGGCGUAGUGAAGCUAGUCGCAUACUAGAUGAUGACAGCUGGAGUGAAGAGGAGCAGGAUCCAGUUGUUUUGGAUCCGACUUGGAGAGGAGACCCUGACAGUGAGGCUGAAAGUCUAGACAGUGACCAUGAAGACCCUUUGAAGCAUGCUGGCGUGUACACCGCAGAGGAGGUGGCACUCAUAACACGUGAAAAGCUAAUCAGACUCCAGUCCCUCUACAUAGACCAGUUUAAACGUCUGCAACACUUAUUGAAGGAAAAGAAGCGACGCUACCUGCAUGGUCGCAAAAUCGAGCACGAGACCAUUGGGAACAGCCUGCUAACAGGCCCAGAGGGACUGUCCACAAAGGAGCGUGAAAACCUUAAAAAAUUAAAGGCUUUGCGUCGUUAUCGUCAUCGCUAUGGCGUGGAGGCCUUGCUGCAUCGCCAGCUGAGAGAGCGCAGACAAGCAAUUACAGAGGGUGGUGCACCACAGGCGCUGCGCUCCGGCCAAAGAUGCAUUUCAUUUGUGGAAGGGACUCGCUGUUCAAAUCAGUGCCUGCCGAUGACACAACAUUGUGUCUCUCACAUUUAUCAAGACAGUAGCCAAGUUUUAUUUAAGAUGUGCCCUGGUCUGAAGGAUGUCCCAUGUGAUCGUCCUGUACACAUGGGACAGUCGGAGGAGCCUCGUUGUUCUUUGCACCUGAUUUUGCCUCCACCCAUGUACCAACCUGAACAGGAGUCUAUUGCCCCGGAGGAACUAGCAGCUGCACCCACAGAUAUGUACCUUAGUGCCGCAGAGCUCCAGCCCACAGAAAAUCUGCCAUUGGAAUUCAGUGAUGAUCUUGAUGUUGAAGAUGAGGGUUUGCAGUGUCCUCCAUCUCCCCUGCUGUUUGAUACAGCCCUCGCUUUAGAAGACCAAACCAUCAGAGAAAUUGCAGAGGCUCCCAUGGAUAUCCUGACAGGGGAAGAGCAGGGUCUUGAAGCCCAAGACGCAGAGCUUUCAGAAAGAGAUGAGGUGUCUGUGGAAGAUCAGGUUGAAUCUGAAAAUCUCAAAGCAGUUGGACAAGUGGUUACCACACAGAAUUCUUCAAGAGACUUUUGACACGAAAACAACAGAUGCCUUAUCUUGAGCACCAUGUGACCUGAUUUUCUCAGCUGUCGUAGUGUUGAUAUUUCAAACAAUUUAAAUAACUUUGUUUAAAAGCAAUUCUUCAUGGAAGCCUGCUUUCAUUGCAGACGUAAACUUGAAUCCAGCCUUGUCUUUAAAUAGUAGACUGAGAAUGUUUGUGCUUUUUGUGAAGCUAAAAGGGCAUGUAGAACAAUUACAUGCACAUUCAUAGGUCAUAGAAUUUACAAGGAGUAAUGUGGUUCAGUCAGAUAUCUAGAUUUUCAUCAAACCACGGAAAAUUCUAACCACUUUCUUUGUUUAAACAGUAGAUAUCUGCUUUUAAUCACAUGUACUGGGAUUUGUUGACUGAAAUAAAUCUUUACACAGCG